UAGUUUAAAAAUGAUUGUUGUAGUCCUGUAAUUUAGAGUUCGGUGAACAAAAUGAAACUGUAGAAAGGCACUCUAAUUUUCUUUCAACAGUUGAAGCAAAAGAUACAUUUCUAUCUUACAGUUAAGAACAUUGUUUUGAAUUUUCAUUAUAGCGUCAAUAUUCAAAAUAAUUAGUUUCAACUUGAUGACACAAACAUAUUUCAACAAAUAUGAAGGAAUAUGAAUGAAUAUUUAUUUAUUUAUUUAAACCUAGGAUAUUCUGUAUUAAAGGAAUGGCAUCUAUACAAGUAUUGAAGUAUCUCCCACUAGGCAUGUGUUUCUCGGGGGUUCUGCAAUUAGCUGGAUAUGUGUCUCCCGGAUGGAUCAGGUUCAAGCGUGAAGACUACAGCAUUCACACGAGCCUAUGGUACAUAGUGACAUGUACUGACACCUGUGAAACAAGUUAUUUUUAUAAGGAUUAUGAUGGGUAUCACCAAUAUAGGCCAUAUCAAAUACAAACGACCUUCGCUCUAUUAGCAUGUGUGGUUGCUGUCAUUUGUCUUAUAAAGACGAGAAAUACUACAGGUGCAAUAAUGGUAAAGUGGCUCACAAACGGUGCAUACUGUUCUUUGUUAUCAGGAAUCUUGUCUCUCGUACCAGCGGGAAGUCUCGCAGACAUUGUGCGUAUUGGUGGGGAUACUUUCCUGUUUCCGUAUUCGCUGCUUCUUACUGGACUCGGCGGAAGCCUUGCUUUGAUAAUAUCUCUCAUAUCUUUGUAUUCUGUACAGCCGAGGCAGACGACAAGUGAACCAGGAGUCCAUUUAUCUUCAAUGUGAUAACAUUGAUGAAAAAGUUACGUACAAUGAUGACAAAACUGUGAUUAAAAUAAUCAAAACCAAUUCCUACAGCUAUGUAUCAUAGUGAAUGUUGUCAUGUUAAUCUUUUAAAUAAUUUGAAAUUUAAAUUAUACAAUAUUUUGCAUCUUGUUCCGCAAAUGAGCGGCCCAGUCCAUUGUAUAUAACAUUAAAACCUUACGCAUGUAACAUAAUAUGUCUAUUAAUUCAAUCAGUUAUUGACAAGAGUGAAAAUAGACUACAUAAAAUAUAUUAUACCUCCUUAUUUAGUCAAACAAUCUAUGUAUACGAAUAAAACAGUAACAUGUAAUAAAAUACCUAUUUCAUUGUUUCUAAGAGUAAAUCAGUAUACUAGUACAUGUAAUAUUGUUCUUCUACUCAUGAAGUUCGAUGUUAAUAAAAGUAAAUCAGUAUACAUUCUGCUCACUCAAUCAGUUCAUUGUUUAUAAGGAUAUAUCAGUAUACAUGUAAUAAAAUACUUCUACUCAAUCAACUCUUUCAAUUAUUUGUAUGGAGGAAUUAAUAUGCAUGUUAUAAUGUACUUCUACUCAUUUAAUUUAUUGUUUAUAAGAGUAAAUCUGUUUAUUUUAUGCUAACUGGUGAAUACUGAAACAUAUCAGUGAGCUAUUUCUCUACAUCACUCACAGUGCCAAACUUCAUUUUUUUCCCGAAAAAGUAUCUCCCUUAAGAUAUAUUAUUUUAUUGCCUUCCUUUGGUGCCUUAAGAAUCACUGGUACCCUAUGGUUAUCUUUUCGUGUCAUGUACAGGUAAAACUCUCGUAUAGAACAAGCUAGCUAUAUCAAAGUUUUCAAAAGAAAAAAAUGUUAUGCUCUAGAAAUGCUACCUUCGUUGCUUGAACUUGCCAUUCAGUUAUGUUUAUACUUCCUCAACUAUUUAUCUGUUUAGGGUCGUUUGGUAGAUUAUACUGACGACAACACAUUAAGUUGGUUGUUGUCUUAGUUAAUUAUCACAAGACAUCAACUCAACUAUACGUAAUAUGCUAGUAUUUUGUCGAUGUAAUUGCCCAGCAAUUAAGGCUCCACCUCCGCCUUUCUGAAAAUAUUGACCACCCGCUUAGUUCAGUAGGGAGAGCAUUGGUCUACGGAUCGUGGAGUCGCGAGUUCGACCCCAGGGCGGGGCGUAUGUUCUCCGUCACGAUUUUAUAAAAGACAUUGUGUCUGAAAUCAUUCGUCCUUAUAAUUCAUGUGGGGAAGUUGGCAGUUACUUGCGGAGAACAGGUUUGUACUGGUACAAAAUCCAGAACACUGGUUAGGUUUACUGCCCGCCGAAACAUGACUGAAAAACUGUUGAAAAACGAUGUUAAAAAUAAAACAUACAAACAAACAAAUUGUGAAAAUAUUGAAUUAUCUCCCUUAUCGGUGAAGAUAUACAUUAUGAUGUCACACUGCAAUCAGAUAUCCUGUAUAUACAUAUAAUAAUGUAAUUCUACUCAUUCAGUUCAUUGUUUAUAAUAGGUUAGCAGUAUGUAUAUAAUAAAAUGCUUCUACUCAUUAAACUCAUUCUAUAUAAGAAGAAAUCAGUAUAUAUGUAAUAACGUACUUCUUCUACUUAUUCCAUUCAUUGUUUAUAGGAGUAUUUCAGAUUUCAAUCAUGGUGAAAUACGAAAUCAGAAUUUCAAAAAUAACAACAUUAUGACAAAUAAAAUCUUGGAUUCUA